CAUAUUUCGCCACAGCAUAGAUUUGAUUCGUGGCUGAUGCAAUUUUUAGUUAUUGUGAGGCAUUUAAAAGCUGAUUGAAGCCGCAUAAGAAACUAUUAACAAAUAUGCCUGAAACAGACAUGGACGCCCAUUCGCUUGGGAGCAUUUUUACUUCAGAAAAAUUGGGUAGCGAUGACACUGGCAAUGGUAGUGAAAACAAUCCUUUUAAAACCAUACUACAAGCAAUGCGCCAUGCUGGUAAGGAACCCUUUCCUACCAUAUAUGUAGAUAGCAAAGAUCCGAAUGCAGCACAGCGUUUCGAGCCAGCAGCCAAGUCUCAAUUGAAAAAAGUACAGAAAAUAUUUGUACGUGAAGGCUACAAAAGUGCGGAUAAGGAAAAGCGUGAAACUGAAGAUGCUGAAAAACGGUUGCAGAAUCUUGAGGAAGCACGCAAAAUUAAAAUUGUAGAAGACGCCAGCUUGGCUAAGGCAACCAAAAUUCGUAUUUAUGAAGGCAAAGAUAAUCGCAAUGUGCGCGUUAAAAUAAGUGGUUGGGUGCACAGACUACGCCGACAAGGAAAAGGAUUAAUUUUUAUAACAUUGCGCGACGGCACGGGUUUCCUGCAGUGCGUACUUACUGACCGCCUUUGCCAAACAUAUGACGCACUCACUUUAACUACGGAGAGUUCUGUUAUUCUCUAUGGUGUUUUAACAAAAGUACCAGAAGGAAAAUCUGCGCCAGGUGACCACGAGUUGAAUGUGGAUUAUUGGGAAUUAAUUGGUUUAGCACCUGCUGGUGGGGCUGAGAGCAUUCUAAAUGAAGAAGCUCACCCUGAUGUGCAACUUGACAAUCGGCACAUUAUGAUACGCGGAGAGAAUACCUCAAAGAUACUUAAAAUGCGUUCCGUUAUUAUGCAAGCAUUCCGCUCGCAUUACUUUGAUAGAGGCUACAAUGAAGUAACCCCACCCACAUUAGUGCAAACACAAGUAGAGGGCGGUGCAACAUUAUUUAAAUUACAAUAUUUUAGUGAGGAGGCAUAUCUUACUCAAAGUUCCCAACUGUACUUAGAAACGUGCUUACCAGCAUUGGGUGACGUAUUUUGCAUUGCACAAAGCUAUCGUGCGGAACAAAGUAGAACACGACGUCAUCUCGCUGAAUACACCCAUGUAGAAGCAGAAUGCCCAUUUAUUAGUUUUGAUGACUUACUGGAUCGUCUAGAAGAUUUAGUAUGCGAUGUGGUGGAUCGCGUACUUAAAUCUCCUUGGGGUUAUUUAGUGCAUGAAUUGAAUCCAGAUUUUAAACCACCCAAGAAGCCGUUCCGUCGAAUGAACUAUGCAGAUGCUAUUAAAUGGCUUAAAGAAAAUAAUGUUACUAAAGAUGAUGGCACUUUCUAUGAAUUCGGAGAGGACAUUCCAGAAGCGCCGGAACGCAAGAUGACUGAUGCCAUUAAUGAGCCCAUAAUGUUAUGUCGUUUUCCAGUUAACAUAAAAUCGUUUUAUAUGUCUAAGUGUCCAGAGGAUAAAAAUCUUACAGAAAGUGUAGAUGUCUUACUACCGAAUGUGGGCGAAAUAGUUGGUGGUUCUAUGAGGAUAUACGACAACGAUGAAUUACUGAAAGGUUAUGAACGUGAAAAUAUUGAUCCGACUCCUUACUAUUGGUAUACGGAUCAGCGUAUCUACGGCACACAACCACAUGGUGGUUAUGGUUUGGGCUUAGAGCGCUUACUGUGUUGGUUGCUGAACCGUUACCACAUCAGAGAAGUUUGCUUAUAUCCACGUUUUCUUGACAGAUGCAAACCAUAAAAAAUAGUUUUUUAUGCGUUUAUUUAAUUGCUUUUCAACAUGCCCGCUAAAAUGCUCUUGCCGAGCACUCAAAACAUUUUUACUAUGCAUUUAAAAUUAUCAUUUUCACUGCAUGAAAUAUAAUUUCGAUCGAAAAAGAAAAUAUUCGGAUUUAUUAAAGUUAUGAUAUUUAUUAAAAUUUAUUUUAUAAUUUAACGAAUAUGACAAAUCACAAAGACAGCGAUUAAUGUUUUUCAAAAAUAUUGUAACUCAUAGUUUUCAAAUAAAACAAAUUAACUAUUAA